AUGUUUAACUAUGAACGUCCAAAACACUUCAUCCAGUCCCAAAACCCAUGUGGCUCCAGACUGCAGCCUCCUGGAUCAGAAACUGCCAGCUUCUCUAGCCAGACCAAACAGUCUUCCAUUACCAUCCAACCCCGCCAGUGCACAGAGCAAAGAUAUUCUGCUUCCUCAACAGUGAGCUCUCACAUCACCAUGUCCUCCUCAGCCUUCCCUGCUUCUUCCCAGCAGCUCACUAGCUCUAACCCAGGCCAAAGGGUUGCAGCCACCUAUAACCAGUCCCCAGCCAGCUUCCUCAGCUCCGUAUUACCAUCACAGCCUGAUUACAGUAGCAGAAAAAUACCUUCCACUGUGGACUCCAACUAUCAACAACCUGUAAAUGCUAAGCCCACACCAAGGACUCCUGACCACGAAAUACAAGGAUCAAAAGAAGCUUUGAUUCAAGAUUUGGAAAGAAAGCUGAAAUGCAAGGACAGCCUUCUUCACAAUGGAAAUCAACGGCUAACAUAUGAGGAGAAGAUGGCUCGCAGAUUGCUAGGACCACAGAACGCAGCUGCUGUAUUUCAAGCUCAAAAUGACAAUGAGGCACAAGAUUCACUACAGCCGCACGUCUCAGAACACGCACGACUGCAAGUUCCGACAUCACAAGUAAGAAGUAGAUCAUCCUCAAGGGGAGACGUGAAUGAUCAGGAUGCAAUCCAGGAGAAAUUUUACCCACCACGUUUCAUUCAAGUGCCAGAGAAUAUGUCAAUUGAAGAAGGAAGAUUCUGCAGAAUGGACUUUAAAGUAAGUGGACUUCCAGCUCCUGAUGUGUCAUGGUAUCUAAAUGGAAGACCAGUUCAAUCAGAUGAUUUUCACAAAAUGAUAGUGUCUGAGAAGGGUUUUCAUUCACUCCUCUUUGAAGUGGUCAGAACCUCAGACACAGGGGAUUAUGUAUGUGUUGCCAAGAAUAGAGCAGGAGAGGCCACCUUUACUGUGCAGCUGGAUGUCAUUGCAAAAGAACACAGAAGAGCACCAAUGUUUAUCUACAAACCGCAGAGCAAAAAAGUUUUUGAGGGAGAUACGGUGAAACUAGAAUGCCAGAUCUCAGCUGUACCUCCACCAAAGCUUUUCUGGAAAAGAAAUAAUGAAAUGGUACAAUUUAACACUGACCGAAUAAGCUUGUAUCACGAUAACUCUGGAAGAGUUACUUUACUGAUAAAAGAUGUAAACAAGAAAGAUGCUGGAUGGUAUACCGUGUCUGCAGUUAAUGAAGCUGGAGUGACCACAUGCAACACAAGAUUAGAUGUUACAGCCCAUCCAAAACAAACUCUUCCAGCUCCUAAGCAGUUACGUGUUCGACCAACUUUCAGCAAAUAUUUAGCACUCAAUGGGAGAGGUUUGAAUGUGAAACAAGCUUUUAACCCAGAAGGAGAGUUUCAGCGUCUAGCAGCUCAAUCUGGACUCUAUGAAAGUGAAGAACUUUAACAACUUUACCAACAUUGGAAAACAUAACUAUAUCAAUAAUAAUAUAGUCAAUUAAAUUUCUGAAAUAAACCCAUAGCUGUAUUAACAGAUUAUUGCUUUAAUUAGGUAAUAUAACUAAUAUAUACUGAUAACAUUAUUUAUCCUUUGACUCUUGCACAUUCUAUAUACUUCCUUCUUUAGUUCGUAAAGC